AUGCCCUACGUUCCCAAGAGCCAGCGCGGGAAGGGUGAGGAAGGCCCCCAGACGCCAAGGGAGGGGCACGACCUGGUGGCUGGCCUGGUCUCUGUGGUUGCGGCGGAGGCGAUGGCCACUGCCGCCACCUGUGACGUGCUCCGGGCCCCGUCCGAGGAGGCACAGCGUGGGGAGCAGGAGGAGAGCGCUUGCCUUCCCCGCACCGGCUUGGUCUGUGCUCCGUGGAACCAAGUCAAUCAGGGCACCAGAAGCUUCGUGGCGAUUCCUCGUCUGUUCCCCUGGGCCGACCGGGUAGACCCCAAAUCCUUGCUGGAAGAUGGCCUGGCCCUGGUGCCCUUCCUGCUCCGCAAGUACCACCUGAAGGAGCCAACCAGCAGAGGGGAGCUUCUGAACCUUGUCAGCAGAGAGCACCAGGAGUUCUUCCCUAUGAUCUUCAAGACGGCCUGUGAGUGCAUGCUGCUGGUCUUUGGCAUUGAGCUGAAGGAAGUGGCGCCCGGCGAAGAUGCCUACGUGCUGGCCACGUCCCUGGGGCUCACGUAUGAUGGGCUGCUGAGUGAUGUCCAGGGCGUGCCCAAGACUGGCUUCCUGAUCAUGGUCCUGUGCAUUGUCUUCAGGGAGGGCAACCACGUCUCUGACGAGGUGCUCUGGGAGGCGCUGAGUAAGAUGGGGGUGUGUCCGGGCAGGGAGCACUACACCUACGGGGACCCCAGGAAGCUUGUGGAAGAUUUUGUGCAGGAGCAGUACCUGGAGUACCGGCACGUGCCCAACAGUGAUCCCGCUCGCUAUGUGUACCAGUGGGGCCCGAGGGCCCUGGCAGAAACCAGCAAGAUGAAGGUGCUGGAGCAGUGGGUGAAUUUCAGCGGGCGCGAUCCCAGCUCCUUCUCAUCCCUGUACAAAGAGGCUCUGAGGAAGGAGAGAGAGGCCACCCAGCAAUGA